CAUCUGGACGGCAGCAUCAUGGCGAUCUACGUGGACGACUUCCUUCUCGCGGCCACGCCGACGAACGCCAAGAAGCGUUGGCACGAGCCUGGGCAGCAGAUUGUCUUCCGGGAGGCGUACGCGGAGGUGUUGCGCUACCUGGGCGCCUUGUGCCAUUUUGACUGCGCAGACCCCGCGAAGCCGCUGAAGGUCCGAACGGUCGCCACCAGCAUGAGCGGGCACCUCCGCCAUUUGGCGGACAAGUUCAGGCUGGAGUUCAGAGACACGCUGCGCAAGGUGACCACGCCGCAGCCCGCAGAUGGCGACUACAACGCGGCGGACGACGAGCUGGGCGCGUUCCUGGGGACGGCUGCUAGCUAC